AUGGCACCUGCGAUUGGCGAAGAUGCCAAACUUGCAACCUCCACACUCUACGAGGAGAAUGUGCAUUUUGGCACACACUUGGAGGUCUGGGGGAGUUGGUACGACUUGGAGAACAAGUGUUGGGGCUAUGCAUGCUGCAAGGGGACCCGGUCGCGUCAGAGACGCUGCCCAAAGACGGCACCGCUUGCAGAAGGAGAAGCAGAGGAGGAGGAUGACUUGGAAGUCAAGGUCAGUCGCCGCCUGGCUGAUCUCUUGGAGAAGAAUCCUGCCUUCUGUGGAGACGUGCCAACUCCCGACCAGGAAAAGGAUUGGUCAGACGCGGAGUUGCGGAAUUACAUCCACAGCAACGGCCUCAUUCGGCCAGCCAGGACAAAGGGCCAGCAAAAGCCGGAGCCGACUGCUGCAGAUUGGAAGAUUCUGGAGCUGGAGCCUGGAAGCGACCCAGCUCAGCUAAAGAAGGCCUACAGGCGCUUGGCGUUACAGUUUCAUCCUGACAAGCACCGGGGGGACAAAGACAAGGCUGCUGCAACGGAAAAAUUUCGGAAAGUUGUUGCCGCAUACGAGGCCAUCGCAGGGCAUGUGGCAGAGAUUCCAGCAGUGGCCGCAACGACUGAUGGUGGCCAAAAGCGUCGCUGGCGGAUUGUCGUGGUCGAAUGA